CUCGAAGGAUAUUCCUUUACUAGUUUACUGUUUCCAAGUCUUUAGGGGAUUCAUCAGUCAGUCCAAUUUAAAGCCAAGCCAUUUAUACUUUGGAGGGCUUUACUUCUACGCGAACAGCCGCUUUUUCCGGCACCACCACUCUGUCACUCACCCACCAAACCCAAAGUAAUUACCAUAUCUUAAACACAAUUUACACAACCUUUUUUUCUCCGAAGAAAACGCAUUUUCAGGUCUUCAUCUUCCUUCUGUUUUCUCUGUGUUUAAUCAUCAAACGACAGAGAAAACAUAGAACAUAACAUAAUUUUGAACAUCAGGAAGAAAGGCCUUUGACCGUUUUAGGGAAAUCUUCUUUAGCCACUUGGGGUUUGUUUAUAGCAAGAUCGGGCUGUCGACAAUCUUGACAGCCCGAUAUUAUUGAACGCGGUCAAAAGUCCAGGUGAUCUCUGGCUGUUAUCUUCGCUUCGUGGGUUACUUUGAUUGGUGAUCUAUUUGAGUUUCUAUGAGCAUAUAGCUUGAUAUUGAUCUUGUUCAGCAUCAUGGCUUCCUUGUCUGGAGUUCAACGGCCUCUAUUUACAGCUGCUGCUGUAGCUGUGGCAUCUGUUACAACUGAUCUUCCCAACAAGUUAACGAAUUCUAAACAAACUGAACCUUCUGUUGCUUCUGAAUCAUUGGCUUCACGGUCCCAUGACUCAGCCUCAAGUUCAGAAAUUUCAUGGGUGUCUAACAUUUCAGUCUCCAAGCUUGCAAGAUUAUCCUUCGUGUCCAGAAUUCGUGUACCAGUGCCUAAUAUCAACUAUGAUCGGAUGCCAAAGUCGAGUUGUGGUUUUGUUCGAAAUGCGGUGGCAUCAUCUCAUGCAUUUGUUAACCUUUACCAGUCUGCUGAGUUGGCCAAGGCCUCGAAACCCAAAUCGUAUUCUUAUUCUAGUCCAAGUGUGCCUUCCGAGGAUUUGUACAGAUGGCAUUUGCCAGAACCUAUGACAGUCGAUGUUGCUGGCAAGUCAAGUUGUUCCUCUGCAAAGUCUAGGACAGUGGUGGUUUUGCUGGGAUGGUUGGGAGCAAAGCAGAAGCAUUUGACUAAAUAUGCAGAAUGGUAUACUUCAAAGGGCUUUCAUGUAAUCACCUUCACUUUUCCAAUGUCUGAGGUUCUCAGCUACCAGAUUGGUGGGAAAGCUGAGCAGGAUGUGGAGUUGCUCGUAGAUCAUCUAGCUGAUUGGCUAGAGGAGGAGCAUGGCAAGAAUCUUGUUUUCCACACCUUCAGCAACACUGGUUGGUUAACAUAUGGAGUAGCUCUAGAGAAGUUUCAGAAACAGGACCCUUCUUUAGUAGGCAGAAUCAAAGGCUGUGUUGUGGAUUCGGCUCCAGUUGCAGCCCCUGAUCCUCAGGUAUGGGCUUCAGGUUUUUCUGCUGCUUUUCUGAAAAAGCAAAGUGUAGCUACAAAGGGGUUAUCAACCUCAUGUGAUUCAGCCGAGGGAUCUGUUGUCGCAAGAACUGUUAUUGAGCCAAAACCUGCAGUGACUGAAACAGCUUUACUUGUACUUUUGGAGAAUUUCUUUAAAGUUGUAUUAAACAUUCCUCCAGUGAACAGGAGACUAACUGAUGUUAUGAGACUGCUGUCGUCUAGGCAGCCAAGCUGCCCGCAGUUAUAUAUCUACAGCUCUUCGGACAGGGUUAUCCCUGCAAGCUCUGUUGAGUCAUUUAUAGAGCAGCAGAGAAAAUCUGGUCAUGAGGUCAGAUCUUGCAACUUUAUCUCCACACCUCAUGUAGAUCACUUCCGGAAUGACCCACAAUUGUAUACUUCUCAGCUUACCCAAUUUUUAGAAGAUUGUGUACUUAAAUGUCGCAAGGGAUCUCUCUGAACAGAAACAAACCCAUUGAUAAAUGUCGCAAGGGAUCUCUCUGAACAGAAACAAACCCAUUGAUUCUUUCAUACAAACUUGUACAAGAUUUUACAGAUGAUAGAUAGGUUAAUUGUUGAAGAUGUUAAACACAAGGGUAGUAGGAUUUACCCUGAAGUCUCUUGUAAGUUGCAACAAUUUAUACAAAAUGUAUAAAGCUAUUAAACGUCAAUAUUAUGAAGAGUUCGGUAUUUGGAGAACUAUAACCCACUGCACAUAGAGACCGGGGCACUUUGGCAAAUAUUUGGUUCAAUGGGGAAGAUGGACAAUUAUUUGAUUCCAAAUUCAGAGUGAUGUUUUGAUAGAUGACUCUUCUAUAGAGUUCAUUAAUAUCCGAACUCAUUAAUUUACCUUGUCUAUUUGAAUGAUCGGUCUCAACUCGGGAGGAAGAACCAGUAAUAGACACAAUGAAGAAGCUUUGGUUCAAUCUGAGUGAGUUAGAAUUGUGCCAGGCUCAUAUUACUAACUUGACCUCCUUGUGUCACCCAUCAUCAAUCUUUUCUUCUUUUCUAACCGAAUCGAGACGAGCACCCUGUGUGCUUGGCUAAUAUAAAAUUCUUACUGAACCAAUAUAUGAACCAGCAUAAGAUAAUCUCCCAUGAAUGGCUUUAAAGAAAAGAAAGAGAAAACUCGGGCAAAAAUGAGACGAACACUUAGCAACUACUUUGUUCUUUUUUUUCUAA